CUAGAGACUACUGUAGAGUAAACGUAGAGAGAGACUGAGAGAGACAGACAUGCUCGACGAAGGUGUGGGGUUCCCUCCCAGGUUUCCGGUUAUAUAGGUAGAGUACCGGUAUAUGCGCAUACCCUGACGGAGAUGCAGACGAGGUAGUGUUGGGGAGGGAUAAGUAUCGAUGAAAAUCUUCUAUAUGACACCCCUCUCCCCCUCCCAUUCCCGACACACGUCCAACACACGCAGGUUACCGCUCACUCAUUCAAUCAUCGCCCAUACCGAACUCCAUCGCAGCAGCAGCAAUGCCCGUCGGAAUCGUGGAGCCAAAGUCCGGACACCAUGUGCCGGGCACAGCGCGGCUGUUCGAGGACAGCAUCGUCCCCGUUGACGGCGACGGCGACGGCGAGGCGGCGGCGCACCAUCAUAACCACCUCAAGCAUGGCAGCGGGAAGGAGGUGGAUAUAUUGUUGAUCCCGCAGCCAUCGAAUUCGCCAAAUGAUCCGUUGAACUGGCCGAUGUGGAAGCGGGACUUGACGAUGUUCACGCUGUGUCUCGCUAGUGCCAUUGCGGCAAUAGUCGGGCCGGCAGUGGCGCCGAUCCACGGUGUGCUCGUGAAGGAGUUCGACACGUCGUACGCGAUGGUAUCUCGCUGGAGCGGAUGGCAGUUCUGGGCGAGCGGGGUGGCAGGGCUGAUCGCGUCAGCGGUAUCGCGGAUCUGGGGGAAGCGGCCCGUCUAUCUCGUCUCGAUCCUGCUGGUGUUUAUCGGCGUGCUGUGGAAUGGGUUCUCGCAGAGUGGCGAUUCGUUCCUAGGCGCGAGGUUUGUCGAGGGUCUAGGUCUGGGCGCGUUCGAGAUGCUGGUGCCCAGCUCCAUUGGGGAUUUGUUUUUCGUACACCAACGCGGUAAACGUGUGGCGCUCUACAAUCUCUCGUUUCUGGGGUGCACGUAUUUCAUGCCUGUGCUGGGCGGCUACAUCAGCAUGAAGCACGGGUGGCGGACGCAGUUCUACAUCAUGGCCGGGUUCCUGGGGGUCGCCAGCAUCCUCGUAUUCCUCUUUGUCCCGGAGCACGCCUACAACCGUCCCGCGAUCUUCGACACGGACACGUCCUCGCGCGAGAACCUUUCCGAGCUCGACGAGCAGCUCGCCGCAGCACAGGAUGAAGAUGCCGCGGCCGACAGCAAGCCCGAAGCCGGCUCCGCCGCGGUCGAGGAGACGAAACGAACCUACCUCCAGGAGCUCGGCGUGUACAACGGCCGCUUCUCGGACGAGAGCAUAAUCCGCUGCCUGCUGGCGCCGUUCGUGCUGUUCAUCUACCCCGCCACGCUGUGGAGCUUCCUGUUCCAGGGCACGUUCAUCACCUGGGGCAUCGGCGUCUCCCUAAUCCUCGCGCAGCUCUUCACCGCGCCGCCCUACAACUUCAACCCCACCCAGCUGGGGUACAUGUACGCGGCGCCGUUCAUCGGCGCGAUCCUGUCGUACUUCGCGGCCGGCGUGUUCUCCGACGUCGUAGCCAAGUGGAUGGCGAAGCGGAACAACAACAUCUACGAGCCGGAGUUCCGGAUCCUCCUCGUGAUACCGGUGGCGGUGUUCGCGCUCCCGGGGAUCUUCGCGUUCGGCUACGCGACCGAGGCGGCAACCCACUGGAUCGCGCCCAGUAUCUGCUACGGCCUCCUCACGUUCGGCGUUGUCAUGUCCUGCACCGCUACGUUCUCGUACAUGCUCGACGCGCAUAGAGAUAUCUCCGUCGAGAUGAUGGUGUCCGUUCUCCUGCUGAAGAACUUUUGGGCGUUUGGGUCUACGUUCUUUGUUAAUAAGUGGGUCGCCGCUGUGGGUGCCAAGAAAAUGUUUUAUAUCAUUGGCGCCAUUCAGGCGGUUAUUUGUGUACUCAGCAUAGGCAUGUAUGUCUACGGGAAGGUACAGCGGGAUCUAGUACGGAGGUGGAAUCCCCUAGAUAGGGUCGGGUUGUAUCCCAAGACGGUGCAGGCUGUUGCGCAUUGAGAGGGAAUGGAAGUUAGUUUUGUAUUUAGAUAGCGAGGUUCGCGCGAGCUUUAAUGGCGUGAAUGAUAAUGUAGAUUACUGGCUGAUAUCCCGUUUGUG